AUGUCAGAGGAACAGAGUCAUAGCUCUUCAAGAGAUCAUCAUCGUGAUGGAAAAGAUCGAAAUCAUUCAUCAAGACAUGGAGAUGAUAGACACCAUCAUAGAUCUUCAUCUCAUCGUCAUGGAAGUUCACAUGGAAGUUCACAUAGGCGUCAUCAUGAAAGUUCACAUUCACAUAGAUCAGAUCGUCAUAGAAGCUCAAGAGAUUAUAGAGAUAAAGAAAAGGAACAUAGGUAUAGAUCACAUAGACAUAGAGAUGAUUAUAGGGAAAGAGAUGACAGGCCAAUAAAAGAUACAAAAGAUUUCAAUGAUGAAUAUGAAUUAGUUGAGCCAAAACAUACAGAUAAUGAACCUAUAACACAAACACAUUUGAAUGAAUUAAAUGCUAAAAUACUCAAGGCAAAACUAAGGAAAUCAUCAGACUUACCAGAACUUGAAUCUGAAUAUGAAAACUUGAAAACAAAAUUUUAUCAACAACAUAACAAAGGUAAAUCUAUAAAGCAACAGAAUGAUAUAUUAAACUUACAGAAAAAUUAUACAUCCAUAACUAAUCCAGAUGAUAUGACUAUUGAAGAUAUGAUACGUGAAGAGAAAACAACAACUGGCUUACGAAAAUCAGAUAUUCAAAACAUUAUAAAAGAUAAAAAAUUCUCCACAGAUUUAGAUUAUCAAGAUGAUCAAUCAGAUUCAUUAGCAAAACAUAUUCAAAAAGGUUCUAUUGAUUUGAAAAACAUUGAAACUUCACAGGCUAAAAAUCUGGCCAAGAUUUUGGAUCGUUGUCAAUUAUGUAUUGAAAAUGAUAAUUGUUGUGAUAUCUUAAGUAUGAGUGAUAAAGUUUAUUUAACUUUAACACCUAAUCCUUCAAUAACAAAAUUUUCCACAAUGAUUAUUCCAAUAAAUCAUGUUCAAAAUACCAUAAAUUGUGAUGAAGAUGAAUGGGAUGAAAUUAGAAAUUAUAUGAUUUCAUUAUCAAAAUUUUAUUAUACUAAAUUAAAUAAAUCUGUUAUAUUUUAUGAAUCUUCAAUCAAGAAACAUAAUCAUGCUGCUAUAAUUGCAGUUCCUAUUCCUUUAUCAUUAUCAUCAACAAUUGAGGGUUUUUUCAAACAAGCAAUAAUUGAAAAUUCUUCAGAAUUAGAACAGCAACAUAAAUCUAUAAUAAAUACAAAUAAAAAUUCAGAAACCAUGGGACGUGAUGCAUUCCGUUAUUCAAUUGCUAAAGAAGCACCCUUUUUCCAUGUUUGGUUUAAUUUAAAUGGUGGGAUUGGUCAUAUUGUGGAAGAUGUUUAUAAUUGGCCUCGUGGUGAUUUAUUUGCAAGAGAAGUUAUAGGUGGUGUCUUGGGUGUUGAUCCUUGGAUUAUCAAAAAGCAAGGUUAUUGGAUCAAAAAUGAUGAACGUAUAAGUGAAAUGAGUGAAAUUUUUAAAGAUUUUGAUUGGACAGAGGGAAAUUGA